CAGAGUAUUAGUUGCUCUGUUAUUCCUGUUGAUAGAAUGCAUAGGAUGGGCUGGAUUCUGGGUGAUAGGAUGGUUUAUUUUGCCGUUUCUCUAUUGACCUUUGGUUUCUGCAUCUGGCACCAAGAAGAAUCUAUGAUUUCCCCAAAGUUUCAGGAUCGAAAUGCGGAAUUUAUUCCCACUGAGAGCAGUGCACCUGUCAGAAGAAAGAGAUACACCAUUAACCCAAUGGGGUUUAAGUGGGACCAUUUAAACCUAACAUACAAAAUUGUCCAGUUCCCAAACACUCUAAACAAAGAAGACACAGCGAAAGCACUAGAGAUUGCCUUCAGAAUGUGGAGCAGAGUAUCCCCACUUACCUUCCAGCGUGUGCACCCGCCACAGAGUUCAGAUCUUACCAUAGGAUUUUACACGUUUAAUCAUAGUGAUUGUUGGGUCUCUCCAUUGCACCCCUGUUUUGAUGGUCUGAAUGGGGAACUAGCUCAUGCCUUCCUGCCUCCCAGUGGGGAGAUUCACUUUGACAAUCAUGAAUUUUGGGUCCUUGGGCCAUCUCGUUUUAGCUGGAAACAAGGUGUUUGGUACAAUGAUCUGGUCCAGGUGGCAGCUCAUGAAAUUGGCCAUGCCCUAGGCCUGUGGCACUCUAGUGAUGUCAGUGCUCUAAUGCACCCCAAUGCUACGUAUACCCGGACACGUCACCUUGCGCUGGAUGAUAUCCGGGCCAUACGGCAUCUCUACAAUUUUACACAAAAUGGCUCUUUAUCACAUAAAGUUCAAGUGAAGACUCAUUAUGUAUCCAGUGGUCAAUCAGUCACUUUCAGCUGCAAACCAAAAAUGACCCAACCAAACCAGAAAAUCAGGUGGUACAAGGAUGGAUCACGUUUCCAGUUCAGUGCCCCUGACCUAGAUAUGUCUUCCCCAGGCAACCUAAUUGUGCAGGCAAAUACGAGAACCCAGGGAAGGUACACGUGUGUGAUUCGUCAAGGGAGAGUGUUACUAGGAGGAAAGUCGUGGAACCUACGUGUCACAUAAAGCCAUAGAAGAACCAAAUUACACACACCAACUGCACACUGUGUAUAGUUUUGAACUUCUGUUGCAAUAUAAGCUGAGCAUAACUAUCCCCUGACAAUCAGAAUUCCCUAACACAAUGCCUUUCUUUCAAAGGAAGACUGGCAGGUUUCAGCCCGGGGCAAGUCCAAUCAAUGUCUUAAUGCAUAUUUGGCAACCAACAAAACUGCACAUUAUCCUGCCCUCUCCAAUGUGUAUUUCCAAAAGGGAUUGGCAUAGUACCCUACACAAGCAGCACGGCAAAGAUCCAUUCAGGAUGUAAGCCCCCAUGUGGAUAUUUAUAAAAUUAUAAACAAAAACCUUCAUUUUUAGUAGAAGCCAUGUCUCUAAACCACAGAGGCUCAGGAACCAUUGCCCCCUGCCUUCUUUCCAACACUCCCCUGCUUCUUAUAAUUAAUUACACUCCAGCAUGUAAAUGCCAGAUCUGCUUGAUCACCAUUUACCCUUACAGUUAUGUUAAUGUCACUCCAAUAAAAUAAUUAAAUGCACCAAUACCAAUGUGUUAUGAGUUCCAUCAUUUUGCAUGAGUGUAAAAA